GUAAGAUUUGCUUGUUUCCUCCUCUGGAUUUUCUAGAAGAAACAGUUAUAGAGCUCUUAGAUGAAUGUCAGGCAAAGCCCAUGAAGGAAGAUGUCCCUAUUGGAUACAGAACCUGAUCUUCCUUUUCCUGAAACUAAGGGGGAAUUUGAGAAACAAAUGCAGAAUCUCCCAAUCAACAAUUUCUCUUCGUGACCACACUGGGAAUUUAUGCCUACAUCCAUGAUGGCAGAAAACUGGACAAGAGUAAGUGAGUUUAUCCUCCUGAGCUUCUCUUCCCUACCUACCGAAAUACAGUCACUGCUCUUCCUGACAUUUCUAACCAUCUACUUGGUCACUCUCAUGGGAAACAGCCUCAUCAUUCUGGUGACCUUGGCUGACCCCAUGCUGCACAGUCCCAUGUACUUUUUCCUCAGAAACUUGUCCUUCUUGGAGAUUGGCUUCAACCUAGUCAUUGUGCCCAAAAUGCUGGGGACCCUCAUUGCCCAGGACACAACCAUCUCCUUCACUGGCUGUGCCGCUCAGAUGUAUUUCUUCUUCUUCUUUGGGGUGGCUGAAUGCUUCCUCCUGGCCACCAUGGCAUAUGAUCGCUAUGUAGCCAUCUGCAGUCCCUUGCACUACCCAAUCCUCAUGAACCAAAGGACACGUGCCAAACUGGCUGCUGCCUCCUGGUUUCCAGGCUUUCCUGUGGCUACCGUCCAGACCACGUGGCUCUUCAGCUUUCCAUUCUGUGCCACCAACAAGGUGAACCACUUCUUCUGUGACAGCCCACCUGUGCUGAGGCUGGUCUGUGCAGACACAGCACAGUUUGAGAUCUAUGCCAUUGUGGGGACCAUCCUGGUCGUCAUGAUUCCCUGCUUGCUGAUCUUAUGUUCCUACACUCGCAUUGCUGCUGCCAUCCUCAAGAUUCCAUCAGCUAAAGGGAAGCACAAAGCCUUCUCUACCUGCUCCUCCCACCUCCUUGUUGUCUCCCUUUUCUAUGUAUCUUCAAGCCUCACCUACUUCCGGCCCAAAUCAAAUAAUUCUCCUGAGAGCAAGAAAUUGUUAUCAUUGUCCUACACUGUUGUGACUCCCAUGUUGAACCCCAUCAUCUACAGCCUGAGAAAUAAUGAGGUGAAAAAUGCCCUGACCAGGACCUUCCACAAGGCCCUAGCUCUCAGAAGCCACAUCUUAUAG